UCUCCUCCAGAACAAAACAGCCAGCCAGACAGACAGACCCCUGCCAAUACCACUCAGCACAUCAACACGACACAACCUUAUCACCUACACCUACACCUACAUCCCCCUCAAUUCAACCCAACCAACAUCCAAAAUGGUCUUCCGCUUCGCCAAAACCCUCGACCCGAUAACCCUCUUCCACUCCCCGCAGCUAGCAUCCAGCAAAUCCGCCCUCAGCAUCCUGCAACGCGCAUCCACAACGGCAGCCAGCACGACAUCUACUCCGCGAGGCGAAUUCCAACUCGAAGUGAGCACGGCCCCGCCGACGAGCGAUCAGUUGCGGAAUAUACUUGAUUAUGUGUCGGGUAGUGGUGCGGGAGGUGGCUCGGGGGUCGGGAAGGUGUAUAAGGUUGAGGAGGUGGUGAGGGGGGCGAGGGAUGCGGAGGAUGCGAUUAAACGGUUCAAAGCGGAUCCGGAGGGAUCUUUUGUGAGGCCGAUUACGGUCGAUUGGACGAAAGGACAGGCUGUUGUUGGGGAUAAUGAGUCGGAGAUUUUGAAGAUGGUGCAGGAGUUGAACUGAGCAAUUUACUAUUCUGUUCAAGUGUAUACUGCGAAUUGAUGUAUGCAGGGAUGUUUCUACGAUAGCUGUAUCAUACACAACUCCUUUCUCAUACCACAUCCCAUUGGUAAUGCCAUUAAAACCGUACUCGCUAAAACAAUCCUCGAGAUCCAGCUCGUGCCCGAAUAGAACUCCCGUGAUUCAUACAGCCUAAAACAUCGUUCCGAAUGAUCCGUCCGUCGCGAUCGGUUUGCGCGGUGAGCCGCGUCCCAGCCCGUCUAUGGCCGGCUUGCGGUGUCUGUUGUUGUUGUUAGCAUGUCCCUGUAAUCACACAGCUGAUGGAGG